UGUGUCUUUCACGCUCCCAGCAGCAACAUGGCCAACACCAUGGCCCCGCCCAUUGGUCACUCUGAGCCAGGCCUCAAGCUCGACGAGUUCAUCUCUUACGAUGGCAGUAUGAUGGGUGCAGGCGAAGCCGAUGGCAUCAUCAACUCGCUCACCGAUCUCAUCGCCACCAACUCAGCCGAUGCAGGCUGUCAAGCACCCACGCAAAUGCGCACGCUGUGGUCGGUUGAGGGCAGCCAGAGCCCCGAAUCUGCUUAUCACUCCGACUCGGACCUGGCCCCAGCCGGCUCUCCCUCUAGCAGCAACUCGUGCGACUCGACAACACAGUGGAAAGAUUGCUCAGCCUUUCUCGGCCUGGGCGAGUCCUUGCCCACCCCUACCACCACCACUGCCCCUGCCAACAUCAUGCCCUUCUCCGUUGCCUACAAUAGCUACCCAGACCUCGAGGCCUUUGGGCGCCGCAUCAGCGCCCUGCCCAUGCCACAGUCUGGGGCCACCUUUGGCCUGAAUUCUUCCGAGCUCGUCCCCCCCACCCCCACACUGCGCCUUUUGACGCCGACCCGCAAUCAGGCCUUUGCCGACCUCGACUGGAACCUCUCCUUCAACACGCUCAUGGACAUCCCCUCCCCCACCAUGGUGCCCACUGCCGUCCCCUCGGUAGCAUCAUUGCCCGUCCCCUCCUUCCCUUCCCAAGUCGUGCCCGAGACCUCCCAGUCACCUGCCGCCCGUGGUAGCGCCGUCAGCCCCGCGCGUGACACCAUGACCGUGCCCGACGGCCCCGUCACCAAGCGCGCCAAACUCAUUUCCUGCAACAGUGGCAGUGGAGCCGACGCCCAAGAGCCUCGCUCGUCACUGACGUCCAUGGAGGUUCCCACCACACCCGCGCCUGUGGCCAGCUCAGAGUCUUGCUCAAGAUCCAACUCGGCUACUGUGCCCACGUGCAAGCACACCACGACUGCCUCUCGCCGGCGACCCUCCGCUCGCAAGACCAAGGGCAAGACACCACGCCUCCAGUCCAAGGAGGGCGCCCGCCAACGCUUGAAAGCGCUGUGCAAACUCUAUCUCGAUGAGUUUGCGCGUCAUCCCAGUGCUGACCCCGACGCCUUUUUGCAAUGGGUUCGCCGAACCCGGUUCCGCAAGGCCGACACGCGCUGUGCCUGUGCUGGUGGACCCUCAGCUGAUUGUGCGUGCACCGCCUGCGCGCACUGCCGCUUUGAAAAGAGCGUCCGCCAUUGCAUCGAGGGUCAAAUCAACUGGCCGUACCAAACAAGGUGCUGA